AUGGCGCCUUCUCUUGUCGAUUCAUACGGCUACAAGUUCCGCCAGACGGAGCUUCACAUGUCAGCCGAGCAACUUGACCCGUUGAAGGACAAGUUCGAUGAAGUGGGGUCAGAUGCUCUCACAGCUCUGGAUGGCAUGUUCCCUCCCCCUCCGCCUCGGGCUGGGUGGUACGCCAAGGGGAAGCAGGAAGAUCCCCAGCCUGACCGCGAUACUUACGCCCUGCUUCGUGACCAUCCCGAGAAGGAUGCGAGGCUCCUGAAGCUUUGGGACGAAGUCAACGCCGUGCUUGAGUGCAUUAACUGGGACCAGAUCAAGCGGGGGCAGGAUGUCUUCUACCGCUAUGCACCCGCUGCAACCUUGGUUCGCACUGGUGGCCACUCCGCCAAAGUUGCCAAGAACAGACUUUUCGAGACAUUCCAGCUCCUUCUUCAAGUCACAAAAUCCCUUGAAGAUAUCAAGCCCGGAGGUGAAGGCUUCGCAUCAGCCGUUCGCGUCAGGCUACUUCACGCCGCUGUACGAAGCCGAAUUUUCAAGCUCAACGCGCAGCGUCCCGGAUACUUUGACGUCGACAAAUACGGCGUCCCUAUCAACGAGCUCGACUCGAUGCAAUCCGUGUGCGCGUUCUCCACCAACCUAGUCUGGCUGGCUUUGCCGCGCCAGGGUAUCUAUGUCCGUCAUCAAGAAGCUUUGGAUUACCUCGUUCUAUGGCGAUGGGUUGGAUACAUCCUAGGAACUCCCCACUGGAUCUUAGAAACACCCGAGUGUGCACUAGCAUCCAUGGAGUCACUUUUGAAAGCCUGCCUUGCCCCGAGCAAGAACUCUCGAGCUUUAGCCAACAACUUGGUCAUUGCUUUGGACGGCGUUCUUCCUAUCCAUGAGCCAAAAGAGUUUUUCGAGGCUGGAACGCGCUUCAUCAACGGUGAUGAGAUGUGUGAUGAUGUUGGGCUUGGGAAACCCGGUCUGUACUGGGAUGCCGUUAUCAGAGGUAUCAUCUGGACUCUGAUGGUGAUCACUUAUAUGUCGCGCUCUAUCCCUGCUUGGGAUAGAUGGCAGAUCAAGACAUUCCGAGCUCUGUUCUGGGACUACAUCGUAGAGAACAAGGAUACCCUAAAGGGAGGGUACAAAUAUGAGUUUAAAUACGUGCCGCACCAUGAUGCGAAGACUGGCGCUGAGACUGCAGAUGGGCCACGGCUAAAGAAUGGUAUUGGCCAUUUGGAAAUCUUUGGCCUUGUUGGCAUGUGCGUUUCACGCAGCCUGCUCGAGCCCUCCUCUUCACUUUCACAAUACAUCAAGUGUGGUUCAAGACAGCCUGGUGCUGGUAAAAUACGGGACACCCUUACAGAUACUGAAGAAUGA